UGUUGGAGCCCUCGCCUCGUCUCGUAGCACAAAUGUACUAUUUGUUGCUGCUGGGCUGCAGUAGUUUCGCCGUGAGGGACCACUUCUUAGCUUAAGAACUUUUGCUUUGUUUCUUAUAUUUGUUAUAUCCGAGCACAUCAACAGAAGAGGAAAAACAAAGCAAAACUUUGGGUGCUUGGCUUUCUUCAAAAAAGAAAACUAGUGUUUCUUUUUUUUCUUCUCUCAGCAAAAUGCCUCAACUCAAUAGCGGUGGAGGAGAUGAUCUCGGAGCUAACGACGAGAUGAUUUCAUUUAAGGACGAGGGAGAACAAGACGAGAAAAUCCAAGAAAAUGCCUUUACUGAGAGGGAUUUAGCAGACCUGAAGUCGUCUUUAGUGAACGAGUCGGAGAUAAACCAGAAUCCCAAUUCGGUAGCAGACCCGGGGGCGAUCAGGCGUGUACAGCAGGACGAACACAGAGUUUACACAGAGAAGCACAGGGAGCAUCUAGAGGACGUGAGUAAACGUCAAGAUGGAGGAAUGUACAAAGCGCCUGCUUACUCAGGAUACCCAUUCCUGAUGCUGCCAGAUCCAUACCUGCCCAACGGAACUAUGUCUCCAUCUCUGAAGUGGAUAAAAGCAGUUUUGUCAGGUGGAACAGUUGACCAUAUCAGCACCGGAUAUAAGCAGCUCCCGGCCACCUUCAUGGUGCUUCAGAAGUCGAACAAAGUAUCUGUGGUACAGCAGCCACACGGAGUGCACCCUCUGACUCCUCUCCUUCCCUACAGCAAUGAUCACUUCAACCCCAGCUCCCCACACCUGCCCACAGACAUGAGCCAGAAGCCAGGCGUUCACAGACCCCCGUCCCAGGAGAUUUCAGGCUUCUAUUCUCUCCCUCCAGCUGGUGUUGGCCAGAUCACCCCUUCAAUGAGCUGGCAAAGUCAGCCUGUUUAUCCCAUCUCAUCGUGUGGAUUCAGACAGCCCUACUCUUCCAGCCUCCCCACCAGCUCCUCUUUCUCCAGGUUUCCCCAUUCUCUGGUGCUGGGUCCUUCUAGCAUGCAUCCAACGGGUAUUCCCCACCCUGCCAUAGUGCCCCCUACAGGCAAACAGGAGCAUGACCAGUAUGACAGAAAUAUGUAUGCGAAGCCCCAGCAAGAGCCAAAACGAGACAAGGAGCCAAAAAAGCCAGUGAUCAAAAAGCCACUGAAUGCUUUCAUGCUGUACAUGAAGGAGAUGAGGGCCAAGGUGAUCGCAGAGUGCACCCUGAAAGAGAGCGCUGCUAUCAACCAGAUCCUGGGGAGAAGGUGGCACGCCCUGUCCAGAGAAGAGCAGGCCAAGUACUAUGAGCUGGCCAGGAAGGAAAGGCAACUUCACAUGCAGCUUUACCCAAGCUGGUCAGCCAGGGACAACUAUGGAAAGAAAAAAAGAAGAAAAAGAGAAAAGCAGCAAGAUUCCAGUUCGGACCCUGGCUCUCCUAAGAAAUGUCGAGCUCGCUUCGGCCUCAACCAACAAACGGACUGGUGUGGCCCCUGCAGGAGGAAAAAGAAGUGCAUUCGCUACCUUCAAGGAGAAAGACGGUGCGCCAGCCCCGAUUCUUCCGAUGGAAGUGCUAUAGACUCUCCCCCUUCCCCACCCGAUGUCCCCCCAGCUCCACAUCAAACCACGGAAAAGCUUGCCGGCUCUCCAGUGUCACAGAGCAGAGAACAGACCCCCUCCUCCCUUUCUGGAAGUGCCAAACCCACUGAACUAUCGGUGAAAACCUUAACAGAGUCGCAAGAUCGCACACAUCCAUCACAUCAGCCUUCAUCAGCUGCCUACAGCAUCUCAAACACUGCAACGUAAACCAGCGUCUAAGAAAAAAACAGAAAUAAUUUCAGGAGAAAAACAGAAACUUGGAAGAAUUUUGGAAAUACCGUUCAACGGCUUCAUCUACUGACGGGGGGGAUGGGGGAUUAUAUAAACCACUACCAGUCUUUCAAGGUUCUCCUACUCUAGUCUCCUGCUUUUCUGAUUUGCCUUGAUGACAAGGAAAAAUUACCCAUUCGUGGACCUGAAGAUAAAUGUCACUGUCUCGUUAAAAUGAGAAACUACGAAGAUAGACUAAACCCCUAUACGCCUGACAAGUUGCACUCAUUAUAUAUUCUGUUUUGGAGCCAGCACUGUCUAAAGUUAAGUGUUAGAAUAAGGUAAAAAGUAUUCGUAUUUCACUACAAAAAUAUUUUAUGAAGUUUCAGAUGGGCUCUUUUAUUCAGUUUUAAAAUGUAAGUGCUCUUAUUAGAGCUUAAUUUGUUAUAUUAUGGAUGACUGAAGCACAAUAUUUUAUAGGCUGUUCAGUUAAUCUGUGGAAUUCACUUUUAUACAGCAGUCUGAGCAAAAAUAGGCUAGGAUCAGAAAAGAAUAUUGUUAACUUUUAAUUUGUAUAUUGGAUUUCAAGUUUUUUAAGCAGUCAUUACAGUUAUGUGUUUAAUAAAUGGCUUUUGAAACUAUUACCAUGAUCUCCCAACACUAAGAACUGUGUUAAAAUUAAAAAUCUUAGUGUAAGCAAGUAAUUAAUUAAUCAAAACUAUAUACCAGUUGUGUUUUGGUGCCAAGUUUUAUCAUGUGUGACAUUGGGAAAGUUGGAUGGGUAUUGGGUAUAUGGCACUAUAAUAUCAAACUUAAGAGCCAGAUUUCAGGCAAGGAACUGACAGAUAAGAAUACAGCUUCUUAAGUAAACAUAUGUGCUUAUAAAGACACUUUUCAAACAAUGUGUCAUGAAAACUGCAUAUUGGAGGAAUGUGAUUAUGUACACGCACAAAUGUACAUUUAAUUUCCAUGCUCUAGUCAACUAAAGCACACCAGAGGGCGCUAACUUUACUAGUGUCUGCCACGAGAUAAGUACAAGCAAUUGUAACCACAUCAUCAGUUUGAACUGAAAUAGUGCCCUCUGGUGGGUAAUGUUCUUGUUCCCAGAAGUCACAUUUGUACUAAAUUCAGUUUUUACCUCGGUUGUUUGAAUAGAUUAAAUACAUUUUUAAGUACCCUUAAAAAUGUACACAAGUCUAAAUAUAACUUUGCACCCCAUAUGUUUAAAGUAACAGAGCUGAAUUAACUCUGCAAAUGAAAAUGCAAUGUUAUUUUGAAGUCCUAGCCCCAAAUUCAACAUUUUGUUUUGCAUUUUAUCUAUGGCUUUCCCUUCAAAAUAGUUAUACAUAUUGAAUAUCCACCGGAAGUUGUCAAUGCACAGGGACUAGCAAGAGGGCUUAACUGCAUUAUAUUUGUGUUGGCACUUUUAUUAGUAUGCAGAUUGUUAGCCUCUUGACUUAAAAUGAGCAUAUUAGUGUAAUAAAGUUGACGUAUGCUUCCAACAAAGGAUGCACAAAUUUUUAAAUAAGGUCAUUUAUUACAUCAGGCUGGUCUAUAUAUUUAUGCUGGUGUUAAGGAUUUCCAUUAAUGAGUGACAUGAGAUUCAAGGCUUCAAUGUCUCGGUAAAACUGAAAAGGUGUGCUCAGAAGUCAGUGGAAUAAACCAAAUGGGUACUGUAUCUCAGAUGAAUAUCAACGUACAGAAGCUUUAAGAAUGGGACACCUUAUAUGCGAGAAUCAAAACUUUUCUAUGUUGUUUUGUAAAAAAAAACAAAAUUAUAAAAAUGCUUUGCUAUGUUUUCAUUAAUUUUUUUUUAAAACAUUUUCUGAAGCAAUUCACUUCUAUAUUUUUUAAAGCAGUGGCAGGGCAAUGGAGCAGGUGUUAAAGAAGUCUGGGUUUUAUCUUAUGACGAACUAAAACUCAAGCUGCUUUUACACCACAACUGAGCCUGAGAUGAUAACUCACUCUCAGAUCAGCAUACUAAUCGUCUGCAAUUCAUGCAUGUUAUUGCCUUACUCUGCCAAAAAUAGCUUUAUUUUGCGCUUUUAGCAUCAAUCUUUUUUUCUGUGGAAAGUCACAGUGCCAAGUGAUAUUCAGCCAGAUAUCAGUAUUGCAAAUACCGUAAAUACAGAUGGUGCUGUGAUAACAGAUGUUUCACUGCAGGCUGAAAUCUGAAAAAAAUUGUGCACUUUGGUUUUUCCAAAGUGGGGGAAAAAAAAAUACCAAAAAUACUUAACACAAUCCACGUAGUGCUGGCAGUGUCUGAAGUGUGUUUUCAUGUAUACAUUAAAUGAUUUUGUCUUCUAUUGCGAUAAAACUUUUGUUAGAUGUAAUUAUAAUAAAUUUUGGACUCCUUGAUUUUUUUCUAGGACUUGUUUCAUCACUGAACUUUACAUUCAUGAAUGUAGAACUCAGAAAUAUCAAGCCUAAAAACCAAUAUUGUUAUGCAUGUAGCAAAUGAUACUGUGUUCUACAUAAAAAAAAUAAAUUUGAUUUGUUUACCUUUAA